AUGGACUCGCCCUCCGGACCUGCUCCAGGCUCGCCUGCUCCCCCAUCUCAAACUUCAGAACCUGUAGACGUCGCCCCGACGCCACAGUCCCUCCACUGCGCUGUGUACACCCGCCGUGCCGAUUACACUCGCCCACACCAAAUCCGCGUCAAGAUCGGAACCUGGAAUGUUGCGGCGUGUCCGGGCACGGAUCAAGACCUUGCAUCCUGGUUUGUCUCCGGGAAAGGCAUUGACCGGAGACUGAUGUCCGUCGCCACCACCACGAACGGCGCUAUCGAGCGAGAAACGUCUAGCGACACACUCACGGAAGAUGCCUCAGAAGACAUCCGUCUCAUAGGUGGUGACAAGAUUGGUCUCUACGUCCUCGGUCUCCAGGAAGUGGUGGACCUCAAUGCCGCCACUCAAUACAUGAGCCGUGCUUCGGCCGUGCCGGUUCUGGAGAAGUGGAAAGCAGCUGUAGGCGACGCGCUGCCGGCUGGCUACAAGCUUGUUGUCUCGGAGCAAAUGGCCGGCUUGCUGCUACUUGUGUACGCAUCGCCUGAAGUGAUCCCCAUGCUAAGCCAUACCAGCACGUCAACCGUCGGGACCGGAUUAUUGGGUAUGCUGGGAAACAAGGGUGCUGUGUCUGCAAAAGUUGUGCUUGGAGAGGCCACGAGUAUGGUGUUCGUCAACAGCCACUUAUCUAGUGGCAACGAUCCAUCCCAUCUGGACCGCCGUUGCUGGGAUGUCAGCCAGAUCGAAAAUCGUAUCCAGUUUUCUCCGUAUAACCAUCCUGGUGUGGUGGAGACCUCGGAGCCGGAGAAGCUUGGAGACGAGGAUUUUGCCUUUUGGUUUGGCGAUCUGAACUUCCGACUAGACGGCCUGCCGGGCGACGACAUACGGCGCAUUCUCACAUUACAUGCCCGAGGCGAGUACGGCCUCAGCCACCUACCAGAGUCCGGCAAUAGCUCAAACCAACCGUUUGACGGCGAGGAUGUUGUCGUUUUGAAGGAUCGCGACUCUGACGACAUGCAAUCGAGUCGGAUUUCCUCUUGGGCCGCGUCGCCCAGGUCCUUUGUUUCGGUUGCGAGCGAGGCAGGCAUCGGCGCUGACAAUAUAGGGGAAGUGUCGCUUCUUCCCGAUCCUGACGACUUCGUACCGGACGCAUCAGAGGACCCAGCAUCGUUGCAGGCAACUUUAGACUCGCUGCUUCCCCACGAUCAGCUGCACAAAGCAAUGAAAGGGCGCAGGGCUCUCCACAACGGUUGGAGAGAAGGUCGCAUCGCAUUCCUGCCAUCCUACAAGUAUGACGUUGGCUCGGUUGGCCUAUUUGACUCCAGUGAAAAGAGGCGCCCCCCCAGCUGGUGCGACCGCAUUUUGUACCGCACCGACAAGGACAAAGAGAGUUAUGAGAUGCGGAUAAAGGAGGAGGAGGAAGCUAGAAAGAGAGAUGAAGAGAUGAAGGCACGCGGGCUUGACCAAGCUGGCGACGAAGAUGAGGUCCUCUUCGAAUACCAGGCGGACCUCGACGGCGAUGGUGACAGUCGGUCUUCGCAAGCAAAUGAUCCUUCCAGUUUUGACUAUGACGAGUACGACGAAGCCAAUGACGAAGAGGAGGCCGAGCCCAUUGCUGAGCAGGAAAGCGGCGCUGACGGCAUACGGCUGGACAUUUACACGUCCCACCAACGCAUCACUUCAUCAGACCACAAGCCCGUGGUGUCGGUCUUCACGGUGGAUUUUGACGCUGUCGUUCCGGAACUGAAGGCCAAGGUGCACGCCGAGGUGGCCAAGGAGUUUGACCGGGCUGAAAAUGAAGGUAGACCAGGCGUCACCGUGAUCAUGGAUGGCCGGCUAUCUUCGACUGCCACGACAGGACAGAGGCCAAACGAUGCAGUCGAUUUCGGGCCCAUCGAAUUUCUACACUGUUCCACUGCAUCGCUGACAAUCGCAAAUACCGGUCGCGUGCCGGCAGAAUUUUCAUUUGUCGAGAAGCCAACAAGCGAUACUCUAGGAGGCAGAACAUCCGUUGACGGUGGUCUUCCGUACCCAUGGCUAACAACCUCCUUCGUCCAACAGCACGGUAUCAGUGCAGUUGGUACAGACGCGGUAGACCUGGGUAAAAACGUUACACUCGAACCUGGAGAAACGGUGAAUGCCCUGCUAGAGGUGCUCGUGGAUGAUUUUGUCUUUGCCCGUAUACUUAAUGACAGUGACGGUGUGCUGGAAGACGUCUUGGUGCUUCGUGUUGUCGAUGGCCGGGACCACUUCAUCCCUGUUCGUGGUGUCUGGAUGCCAACUUCGAUCGGCCGGUCGGUGGAAGAGCUUAUCCGCGUGCCGGACGGUGGGAUACGGCGGUUCAUUGCGUCUCGGCUGCAGGGGAAGAGUGGAAAGAGAUCCGUCGCAUCUGGCUCUAUCCCAUAUGACCUGGACAUUCACUGCUCGGCACCAAAGGAACUGUUCAGGCUGACGGAGCAAAUUGAAAACCUGACCGACCGUGUCAUUGCCGAUGAGCAGAUGCUCGAAGAAUGCAGGAUACCUGUUGACAAACCGGGUUGGCCGUUUGAAAAGCCUAGCCAGACGCCAGACCAGAGGCUGGUGGUGGCGGUCAUCAAUGCUCUUGAUAACGACCGGCCGAUACUUGACGCUUUUGAGCCUGAGAUCACCUCGCUUGUUCGGUUGGAGGUAGUGAGCUAUGUCCUUGUGCUAUUUUUGCGGGGGCUGACAGACGGCAUCAUCACGAUACCGCUGUGGUCACGAAUCGACCAAGCUCCGCUCCUGUCUCUCGGCGGUGUCAAAAAUGCCAGCCCUAGUGGCAUGGAUCCCACCUGCGAGGACGACAAAACGAUCAUUCUGGAUAUCCUUUCUGCAGCCCCAUACCACAACAUAUCUUUCGUGUUUCUGACAACUGCACUAUCCCGAGUAAUCGGGGAGCUUGCGCCCAUAAGUCUUUCUGAUAUGGACAUUCUCCGAGCUAUAAGCCGUACCACAGGUGGCGGGUUUGGAGCGGCCAUCGGCGGCAUCGGUAACUUCGGCCGCAGGUCGUUGAGCAGCUUUAGGAGGAACAGUGUCGCCUCAGCCAGUGCUGCGCUCCUGGCCCUGGAACGCAGGAAGGUGCGGGAGAGACGUGUUGCUGAGGUGUUUGGAAAGAUUAUGUGCCGAGCACCUGUCUCAACAAGGGAAAGGGAGAGGAGAUCACUCGAAGAUAAGCAGAGAGCGGUUGUUGAACUGUUUCUGCGAAGAUGCAGGGAAGAACUGGGCUGA